GCGCCGAGCAGGAAGGACGUUCUCUCGCUAGGGGCUCACACUGAUCCAAGUUAGGAGCGUUCAGCUGCCAGCCUUGGCCCAUCAUGUAACUGCUGCGGAGAAUUCUUUGCAGUGCAUUUGCAGAAUUACCUCUUUGCCCCGACGCCCGCGGGGGCCGUGCAUCCGUCACCGCGCGCCCUGCACCAAGCCGCACGCUCCGGACGCAGAAAGGCUCCAAGUGCAUGAAGAUCGAGGCUCGUAAUUUUUGUGCAUCUUUUGUUUGCAAAAGCGAGUCGCUCGAAGCUCCAGCGCGAGGGCGAUGGAGGGAGGGAGCGAGAAAGAAGGCAAAGUCUUUUGUGCUUCCCCUCCCCCUCAUCAAAGCAAAGGGGAAAUGUCUCAGCCGAAGGGAGGUAAGAGGAAGCCGGUGCUCAAGCUCCCCAGGGAGGUGUUUGAGCAGCCUCCUCCCGCCGCAGUACCUCCCAGAGAUCUGGAUUCAAAAGCUUGUGUGACCAUCGGAGAGAAGAACUUCGAGGUGAAGGCCGAUGACCUGGAGCAGAUCUGCGAGCUCGGCCGAGGAGCGUACGGCGUCGUGGACAAGAUGAGGCACGUGCCCAGCGGCCUGAUCAUGGCGGUGAAGCGGAUCCGGGCUACAGUGAACACUCAGGAGCAGAAGAGGCUGCUCAUGGACCUGGACAUCUCCAUGAGGACAGUGGACUGUUUCUACACCGUCACCUUCUACGGAGCGCUGUUCAGAGAGGGCGACGUCUGGAUCUGCAUGGAGCUGAUGGACACGUCCCUCGACAAGUUCUACAAGCAGGUGAUCGAGAAGGGCAUGAUGAUCCCCGAGGACAUCCUGGGAAAGAUCGCCGUCUCGAUAGUAAAAGCUUUGGAGCAUCUGCACAGCAAUCUGCAAGUCAUCCACAGAGACGUGAAGCCGUCCAACGUGCUGAUCAACACCCAGGGUCAGGUGAAGAUGUGCGACUUCGGCAUCAGCGGCUACCUGGUCGACUCCGUGGCUAAAACCAUGGAUGCCGGCUGCAAACCCUACAUGGCGCCGGAGAGGAUCAACCCCGAGACGAACCAGAAAGGCUACAACAUCAAAUCUGACAUCUGGAGUUUAGGAAUCACGAUGAUCGAGCUCGCCAUCCUGCGCUUCCCGUACGACUCGUGGGGAACGCCGUUCCAGCAGCUGAAGCAGGUGGUGGAAGAACCGUCGCCACAACUUCCUGCCGACCAGUUCUCCCCCGACUUCGUGGACUUCUGCUCUCUGUGCUUAAAGAAAGUUUCCAAAGAGCGGCCGACCUACACAGAACUCAUGCAACAUCCUUUCUUCACGUCCCACGAGGCCAAAGAAACCGACGUGGCCAGCUUUGUGAAGGUCAUCUUGGGGGACUGAGUCGCCUCACCUGCAAGGGGGGGGGGGGCGAAAGAAGUCUCUGUUUGAGCCAAAAAGAGACUUCUUUUUGGCUCAAACACGUAAAUGCUUUUAAAAGUGUAACUUGCCUUCUAUGUGCCUCUCAUAUGUUGUAGUGAGGAUAGUGAUGAGGAUGCAGGGAUCUCUCCCAUCACAUCAGUCCCCGUCCCCCCCUCACACCUGCCGCAUCACGAUUCCACUUCCUGUUUGUGUAUCUCGUUGUGGGCGGAGCUUAGUAUUCUUGCGCUCGGCUCUUUUUCUCACCGCGGUUUGUGACCGGAAGCCGAGAAAGAUAUAAUGACAAAAUGGGAAACUUGAAAUACUGUUUAGUGGCAGACUAUUGUGACAGUUGGAAUCAGCAACAUCAUCUUCUUGUCUCUCCACAUGUUGUUAUUACGUCAUCACUUUAUGUUUUCUGCUUUUUUUGUUUCCGGCUUCGUUCGUCCGCGUUGAAGCUGUUUGUUUGUUGCUUAAAGGCUCAAUCUGUGAUUUUUAAAGAAGACAGAAGAUGAAAUUAAAGGACUUCUUGUUAACAUUUGAUCCCCCACAUAAACAUGUAAAAUACAUGUAUGAAUAAAUAAAUAAAAUAAUUCAGGUACCUUAAAAACUUAUGGCGCCCUGCACUCCAACAGUGCUGAAAAUAACUGGGUUUAAAGGGCCAGUGUGUGUCAGGGGAUCUAUUGGCAGAAAUUAAAUAUAUUAUACACACUGGCCCUUUAAUAACAAAAGAGUGUUCCACUGGAAACACCAGACAACAGCUACAUUUAAAGCUGCUUUCAUUGAUAUUUUCAUUUUAUUAUUUGGCCACUUGGGAGCAGCAGAACAUUUAUAAAAUAGUCCAGAAUUCUCUCUUUCAGCUCUGUUUUUGGCUGCUCCAGCUGCUAAAUGCUCCGCUAUGUUCACCAGCUAGUCGCUAACUGUUCGUCUGCCGUUUGGUGCUGAACAGGUCGUGUGAUGUAGUUGGAAUAUGAGAACUCGGUUGAUGAGAGCGGCGAGAAUGAACCAAAGCAAACGGCUAAAAGAUGCUAAAACGCUAAAAACGGAGUCACUAAAUGUAACCUGUCAUUUGAUCCUUUAUCAAUAUGAAUAUAUUGAUGAGUGCAGCUUUAAGUUUUAUGAUUGUUUUCUUGCGUAAACACAGCAGGAAUUUAAAAUUUUUAGUUAUCGUCAUUCAUGCAACUAUGUGGAGAACUUAAAGAUGUUUGUAACACAGUAAAUGUAGUUAUAUACAUAAUCGUAUGCAAAAAUAUGAUAUAAUGAUCCACAUAACGAUUACAGAUUGGGCCUUUAACAAACUACAUCAGGUUCUGCUGUCUGGGGUUCAGUUCUUUCUUAAGCAGGUUUCAUUUCCUGUUAAUAAUAAUAUUCAGUUUUUGCUGUUUUGCCGCCAUUCACAAACUCUUUUGUCCCGAGUUCAGUUCGGCUCAGUCGUUGGAGUUUCCUGUAGCAGAUGUAACUUUCCUUUCACCCGUCACACUAUAACCUGUGGUCCCUCCAGCUCACCGUCCACCAGCUGAUAAAGCUCUUUGCUAACAAGACAAAUACAAAAACAUCUGGCUCGUCACCUGUCUCCCUCCUCCAUUAGCUCCUCCCACCACGGUCUCCAGACCUUUAACGUGCAUCUCAAUAUCAGCGUGUGCAGCCGUCCCGCUGCGUGACGAGCGUCACUCUGACGUCCCACCUGUAGAAACCUGCUGCUUCAUCACCUGCAGCGGUUUCCAGGUGUGUGCGACGUGUGUGCAGGUCUUUAAAGUGCCUGACGAGGCUUUUCGCUCAUAUUUAAACCCUGUCUUGGUCCUCCGGUCUCUCUCCGGGACGCUGCAUGUUGCUGUGAUGUUUUGGAAUGAGGAGCCAUAUCACAUCGUCACAUAGUGUGAUGCUGUAAGAAACGUAUCUUUUAUCAUGAAAGGCAGCGGUCUAGAUGGACAUUGCAUCACUUUUCAGCGAGGUGUUGUGUUGUCAGGCCGGUGAAAACGUUUCGGUGGUUACUUCUUUUCUUUAAUAUGUUCCUCAUCUCUCUUCAAGCUCGGCGCCGGAAUUUGUGGCCGAGAUGACAAAGAAAGCGGCAGGAAGACGAAAGGCGUAAAUGCCGACCCGAGUGUCGUGUUUCCAUCGCUGCAGAGUCGGUACCAACUAUUAUUUGAGAACUUGCAGCAUCCACCUGUUAAUCAUGGGAUCAAAUGAGUUCAUGGUUUCCUGAAGUACUUCAGUGCUGCUUUGUCAGAUUGUAACUAAUAUCUGAUGUUCGUCGUCCCAAAGCUGCUCUCAGAACCUUCUGACUCCACACUGUUCACCUCCUCUGGACAGCCGGCUCAUAUUCUGGUUUUAAUGUAAAGAGUCCAAUCACCCGUCACAUGGUGGUCUCUCUGGGGGGGGACGGGGACGGGGAUGAAGCCGGUCAGUCGUCGCCCAUCAAGAAAAAUGUCUUUUUUUAGUUCCAUGUCAGGCUUUGUGUGUUUUCUCUCUCUGAGCAUUCAUUCAUGUUGUCUCACUUGUGGGAAUUCCCAUCUGCGAGUCUAUUUGUGUCUCGUGUUCACCUGCUGAGUAAGCCCUCUGUCACUGGGGGGGGGGCAGGACAUCCGAGUGGAGACUAUCUACUCAGAAUUUGAUGCUCGGAAAUUCAGCGCAACCUCCAUCCUUUAAAAUGUGUCACAGACGAUUUAGAAAUCUGAGAAAAGCCUGUGUGUGUGUGUGUGUGUGUGUGUGUGUGUGUGUGUGUGUGUGUAACGCUUCCAGCACCUUUUAGCCAGAUUAAAUGGAGUGUAAAUGUGUUGUUGGCGUGCUGAGGUUUUCUUGAACGCUUCUUGUUUCACCACCAAAGCUUCGAGCUCUCGAGCAUCCUCGAGGUGGAACCCGUCGAUCUUCGACCUGACUUGUGGACUUUGGUGUCUCUGUGCUGCAGGUGGUGAACUGCUGGUACACUCAGCUCGAUGUGACUGCUGAUGUUGCGGUGUUGUGUUCUUUAAUCCGGAAUGGGCUGUUUGUUUUUUGUUGUUUUUCAGAAUAAGACGCAUCCAGAGAUGCUACUGUACGGUGGUGGGGGGGUGUGGGGGGGGGCAUGGAAAGUGAAGUUCUCAGUAUAUUUACACAUCUCUAAAGCCUCUGCUAAAGACUGAUGACUGUUCAUUUAGAGCUCAAUGAAUUUCUAUAAAUAUUUUAGAUUGCUCAAACUGAUUAUGUGCAAUUGUAACGAUGGAAAUUCAAUAAAAAGAAGAGGUAUUUUUACACAUUAA